AUGAUCAUAUCAUCUAUUCAAGGAGAUCAAGCCAAAGAAUCAUCAGCUGCCAUUCAGAAAGAUGAGCAGCCUGUUCAGAACGUCAUGGUUCCUUUCAAACAAGCCAUAGUACCAGAAGAGACACCCAGGGAACCACAGACAGCUUGCAAAAAGAGACAACUGAUUGUCUUUGACCCGUGUGAUUUCCAAAAGACAUUCUUGGGUAUUUUUCUGUUCAAUCCCUUUGUCUGGAACAAGACCAGAGCAGUAGAGCUUUCAAGACACGAACUGGGCAUGGAACAUGUUGUAUUUGAGCCUGGAGGAGAGUUGUGGAAUCACAGGAACAAUCCCUUAGUGAUUGAGAAGAAAUCGGCAGCAACAACAAUUGUUUUUGGUGAUCUUUUACCCUCUGAAGCUAAAGGGAUGCACGUCUCAGCUCAGCAAGAGUUUCACUACGAAACCAAUUGGAGAAUGUUACCCACUCUUUCCUGGAUCCAACAAACCGGAAAACACAGCAAAUGGCCACCUGAUCAUCAAGAUAUUGUCAAUUCCGCAAAACAUAUCGGUUUAGCCAAAUUCUGUGAGCUGCUUAUAUCAGAUUGGGCUGGAAGGUUACAGAUCUACUUGUGGAAACCUGGAGCAUAUGACAGCACACUUAUCAUCAUUGGAGAGUGCUCUGCUCGUGCUAGAACCAGCUUGGGUAAUAAGGAGUUGGAAGCUGAUCAAAAUGCCUUGCUUCUUGAUCAUGUCAAGGUGUGGAAGCCACCAGAUUUUCAGAAGCUUCAAUACCAUUUCAGAGAUUGUCAAAUCAAGAGUGGAGAUGGAGAUUUCAUUAGAGUAAAUGGUGAAGUGAUUACUGGAAUAGGAGGAAAACUCAUGUUUUCUUCUCAAAUCAAGGAGAAACCACCAGAUGGACUCAGUCUACAUCAAUCUCCAAAUAAACCAACCCGAGGUAAUUAUCUAGAUUCAAAGAAACGCAUGAAACCUGAUUUGCUUUCUAUUGGUACAGGUCAAACAGUUUUGAGUGCUAUACUUUUCGAAAGGAGAGGCUAUUGUAAUGAUCAGAGUAUCAAGAAUGGAUCCUUGGCAAAGUUGGAGAUGCAACAAUCAAAUCUUGGAAGCUGUCUAGCCGCCAACUCUGACAUAGGAGCAGUCCGAGGAUCAUAUCUCAGCAACCAGAAGGAAUUAAGCAACAAACUCAACUGCAAUGGAAACUACACUCAUCAGGGUCUCACGUCGAACUGGAAUCAUGUCCAAAGCUUCUCAAAUGAAAGAGUUAUGGGUUCUACAAGACGGGUGAUUCUGUGUUUGCUUUGUCUGAACUUUUCUGAGUGUAGAACAUCUCAAUCCUAUCUAUGGCGACCAGGUGAGCAUGCUAAGGUAACUAAUCAUGUUUUCAAGAGUUCUUUUAUUGAUUACACAGAUAUGAUGCACUUGUUUUUGCCAAAAGAGUCAUGUGCAGAUUAUAUGGAAGCUUUGAAGAAUGCAAAGAGAAAGAACAAGCGUGAGGAAGACAAACGUUUCAAGCCGCCUGAUCUAAGCCAGGAGAGACAUCAUGACGUCACUUGCUUCAUCCUCAUCAAAGAAGCACCUCCAGAUGCAGCAUACAAGCCAAAACCGAUAAAAUACAACUUUGGGAUAAUACUCUUACUCUAUGAUGUUUUUGCUUGUGUUCACUUAUCUUGUUUCAAUGUAUCAGGUUUAAGUAAUGCCUCAGGAGUAAGGAGAGCCAAAUGGAUCAGUCCCUUCUAUAUAAUAGAACCAGUCAGCGACAAUGCCUAUCAAAGAGGCUUGCAAGGUAAGUGUAAUCUGAUUAUAAACUCUGAUGUUACUGACUUGGUCCCUUCUAUUGCAGGUAACACAGAUUUGAGGACAAAUCUUUUUGAAGUGGGAGGGGAUGAUAUGAUCAUGGAAAGCACCAAGGACUGGAAGCAUGAACCUGAACCUGAAGAGCUUGUAGCUGAGGAUGCAACCUUGAAGAACAUUUGGAAACAAGAAGAAUACAUUAGUCUUGGCCGAAGCUUGAUCAUCCAAGACACCUUAACCAUCAUUCAAGCUACUCCACCUUCAAGCUGAUCAUCAUCUAGGCAAGUAGCUUGUGUGUGCUCUUUUCCUAACCUUUGGUUUUGUCCCACUGGGUUUUCCAAAGGAAGGUUUUUAACGAGGCCACAAGUCUACUUCUCCUAUCUCCUAGAUGAUUGAUCUUGGUCUGUCCACAUGAAGACCUUAUCUUAUAUUUUAAGCUAUGCUUUUAUGUUAUUUAGUUUUCGAAAAACUCUAGUCUUUGUUGUGUUUCCAAGGGAGCCUUUGUCUUUAUUUCCCUUGUAUUUUCGAGACCUUGUGCAUGUACAAGGCUUCUCCUUUAUAUUCUGGUCGUGGCCCCUUGUAUCAGUAUCCAUCUUUUUAUCAAAAACCUUUGUUUUCUCUUUU